GCCUGCGCAGUUGGCUCCUGGGCUCGUGUUUGUGGCGGUUUCCCGGGAUCGACCAGUUAAUGGGAGCCUGGGCUGUUUAACUGCCGCCGGCGAUGCGUUCUGGUGCUGCGGUCAGGGCCUGCCAGAAAGUCUGCAGGUGCCUGUUGUCUGGGUUUGGAGGUCGAGUGGAUGGGGGGCAGCCUGAGCCGUUAUUGGAAGGGAGUUGUUCCUUCGGAGUGCCCGUGAGGUCACACGCGGAGCUGCCCCGGGGGAGCGAGCCGACCGGAGUCCCCGAGUCCGGUGAGGGGAGCGAGGAGCUGGUAGAGAUCUGUCAGAGAAGGCAUUUCUUCAGUGGCAGCAAGCGGCAGCUUAGCCGACAUUGUCUUCUGAGCGGGUGCCACCCCGGCUUUGGCCCCUUGGGCAUAGAGUUGCGCAAGAACCUGGCAGCAGAAUGGUGGUCCUCAGUGGUGGUGUUCAGGGAGCAGGUCUUCCCGGUAGAUGCCCUCCAUCAUAAGUCUGGCGCUACGUUGCCUGGGGACAGUGCCUUCAGGUUAGUUUCCGCAGAAACUCUACGCGAAAUCUUGCAAGACAAAGAGCUGAGUAAGGAACAGCUAAUAGCAUUUCUUGAAAACUUAUUAAAAACUUCUGGGAAACUACGGGAGAACCUUCUUCACGGUGCUUUGGAGCACUAUGUUAAUUGCCUGGAUCUGGUAAACAAGAGACUGCCUUAUGGCCUUGCUCAGAUUGGAGUGUGUUUUCAUCCUGUUUCUGAUACUAAGCAGACAUCUGAUGGUGUUAAGAGAAUCGGUGAGAAGACUGAGGCUUCACUGGUUUGGUUUACUUCAGCAAGAACUGCAGGCCAGUGGCUUGAUUUCUGGUUACGUCAUCGACUCCUGUGGUGGAGAAAGUUUGCUGUGAGUCCAUCUAACUUCAGCAGCAGCGAUUGUGAGGAUGAAGAGGGACGAAAAGGAAACCACCUUUAUUACAAUUUCCCAUGGGGAAAGGAGCUAAUAGAGACCCUGUGGAAUCUAGGAGACCGUGAACUUUUACACAUGUGUCCUGGAAAUGAGUCUCAAUUACACGGCCGAGAUGGACGAAAAAAUGUGGUUCCACAUGUUUUAUCUGUUAAUGGAAAUCUGGACCGAGGUGUGCUGGCUUACCUCUACGAUUCUUUCCAGCUCACAGAGAACUCCUUUACAAGGAAGAAGAAUCUUCAUAGAAAGGUACUUAAACUUCACCCUUGUUUAGCCCCUGUUAAGGUUGCUUUGGAUGUGGGAAGAGGCCCAACGGUGGAAUUAAGACAGGUCUGUCAAGGGUUAUUUAAUGAAUUACUAGAAAAUGGAAUUUCUGUGUGGCCUGGUUAUAUGGAAACUGUGCAGUCCUCAUUUGAACAACUUUAUUCAAAAUAUGAUGAAAUGAGUAUCCUGUUCACAGUUUUGAUUACUGAAGCUACUUUGGAGAAUGGGUUAAUACAUCUGAGAAGUAGAGACACCACAAUGAAGGAAAUGAUGCAUAUAUCCAAAGUAAAAGACUUUUUAAUCAAGUAUAUAUCAUCAGCUAAGAAUGUAUAGAUUUUAAUAUUUGUGUAAUAAAUAUUCUCCUUUCCUAA